CAGUGGGGCCGACUCAGUGGGCAAAGGUACGGUGGUCGGGGUGAUUGACACCGGUGUCGACUACACCCAUCCGGACCUCAAGGACGCCAUGUGGGUCAAUCAGGCCGAGAUCGCUGGCAAUGGCAUCGAUGACGACAGUAGGGAUGCAGGGAGGGAGGGAGGGAGGGAGGGAGGAAGGGACAUCCACACACACGAUCCGCAUGCAUUCCUGGGUCUGUAUGUGUCUGUGUGCAGGUAACGGCUUUGUUGAUGACAUUCACGGCUGGGCCUGGUGCGACGGAUCCGAGAACCCGCACAUUGGCGACGGCGAUCCUAUGGAUGAGCAUGGCCACGGCACACACUGUAGUGGAACGAUAGCGGCGACUGCCAACAACCAGGAGGGCAUCGCAGGCGUGGCAUUUGGCAGAACCAAGAUCAUGGCGCUCAAAUUCCUCUGCGGCGAGGUAAGUCGAGUAGACAUAGGGUCACGGAGCGCUCAAAUCACAUGUCUGUGUGCGCCUGCAUCAGGAUGGUCGGGGUUACACUGCUGACUCGAUCCACGCAAUCAACUAUGCCGUUGCCAUGGGGGCCACGCUCACAAGCAACAGCUACAGAAGCUUCGGCACAUCCAGGGCGCGGGAAGAGGCCAUCAGAAAGGCAGAGGAGGCCAACAUGCUGUUCGUCGCCGCGGCUGGCAACGAUGACCUCGACACUGACGUCGUCAUGCACUACCCCUCAUCAUCUGAGCUGGACAGCGUCAUCAGCGUCGGCGCGGCGACUAAGGAAGGAGAGAAGGCGUGGUUCAGCAACUACGGCCUCGAGAGCGUUGACGUGUUUGCGCCGGGGACGACAAUCUUCUCGACCGUGCCCGGUGGCAAGUAUGCGAAAAUGCAGGGCACCAGCAUGGCAACGCCAUUCGUCGCUGGUACGCAUGCAAGCACUGAGGACUGCUGUGUGAUACCCAUUAGACGAUCCACUCAAUCGCUGCUUUGUCUGUGACUUCAGGUUUGGCUGCCCUUCUGUGGUCGACGGAUCCGGCGCAGAGCUAUCGCGACAUCAAGCAUCGCAUUCUGUCGACUUCCGAGAAGAUGGACUCGCUCGAGGGCCUGUGCGUCACGGGGGGCCAGGUCAACGCACUGAAGGCCGUCACGUGUGCCGAUUGCAAAUGGACCCCCACGGAGGAGCCGACGGCGGCUCCGACGGAAGCCCCCACGCAGGAGCCUACGACGGAGGAGCCGAGUACCCCGUAA